GGGGGGUCUGCACGUUCUUGCAAGGCCCCCCCCCCCCCCCCUAUGGGGAGAUAAGCUAGCAGUUUUUUCCCUUUCCAACGGCCUGCCCCGGACGGGGAGUUUGAUGAUCAUUUGCGUAGCGGCGGUUUCAUUUGUUUGAACGCUCCAUACGUUUUUACCCAAGAAAGGGUGGCAGCGAUCCUCAUUGUUGCGUCUUGGCGACUGUAGCCAUGCUACAAUUUUUUGAGAGUAUAGGUGUAGCAUGGCUGCAGUCCCGAUACGCAACGCUGUAGAACAAGUGUCACGCUCUUUGAUAGCUCUUGCAUACGUUUUAGCUGUUUUUCUUUUGCUUAGCUUGGUGUGGUGGUCAAACCUACACCUUGCUAGAGUUUGCCUAAUGGCAGACGUAGGUUGUUGGUUCGAACCCAGCAGCCGUCAAGGCCACUCUUGUGUGCCAGACCUACAUACCGCUUACGAGCAGUAUUUCCUCAGACGAAUGAGAUGGGGACUUGCUAGAAGGAGUGGAGAAUGCUCCUUGUUUAAGCCUUACAGGGAUUUUUCCUCACGAGGUUUUACUCUGUGAGGGUACAAAGCAUAUACGUUAUGCUGAUUGGAAGAGUACAGCGUGGAAAGAUGAAAGUACAUGAGUGUGCUAUGUGAGGUCGUGAGUUAAGUGGAGCAAACGUACUGUCUUCUAGAUUAUCUAGUGUAGUAUCACUACAAUGACCGAACAUCAACACCACCUUCACACUCCUCAUAACUCGGCGGCCACACCCACCCACCCUCCUCAUACACCGGCACUGCCUCCCCCUCCGCCUCCUCCUUCCCACACUCCCCC